UUAUCCACAAAAAGCACGCUAGUUUUGAACGAAAAAAUAUUCAGUGGAAAAAAUGCAACGAGAAUAGAGAUGAGCAUUUAAAAAGGAAAGUACUUUGUUUUGAAGCCACAGGAUUUCAACGUCUUUUAAUUGAACAGCCGUUUGGCCCAACUAAAGAUGGAUUUUGAUCGAGCCCUACAUGGUGGCGAGCGCGCAGAUGAAACACCAAGCGAUGUUGUCAAAUAUGAGGCGGGAAGCAAGCAUGGAAUCAAAGCAUUAAUGGUCAUGGAUGAUUUGAGAGGUCGCAAACAAUUGUGCGAUGUAACACUAUGUGUUGGUGAGCGCCAGAUUGUUGCCCACCGUCUAGUUCUCGCCUCAUUUAGCUCCUACUUUCAGGCGAUGUUCACUGGGGGAUUAGUAGAGAGUUUCGAAGACUCCGUCACUCUACGAGAUGUUGACAGCGGCGCUGUUGAACUCCUCGUCGAUUUUGCAUAUACCGGAAAAUUAGACAUUACCACAGAGAACGUCCAGUCUAUCAUGUAUGCUUCGUCUUUAUUCCAGCUAAAUGCUAUACAGAAAGCUUGUUCAGAAUUUCUGGAGCGACAACUGCACCCGUCAAACUGCCUCGGGAUUCGGUCUUUUGCGGACGCUCAUUCCUGUGUAGGACUUCUUCACGCCUCAGAGAAAUUCAUCAAUGAGUAUUUUAGCGAUGUCGUCAAGAAUGAGGAAUUUCUUCUUCUUCCCCAAGAAGAACUUGCUGUGUUACUGUCCAGCGAAGAUCUGAAUGUCGACUGUGAAGAAGAAGUUUUUGUCGCUUUGAUUGCAUGGACGAAACACGAUGUUGACGAACGUAAGGAUCUUUUAGCUGAGCUUUUGCAAAAUAUUCGCCUCCCGUUAAUUUCACCUCAUUUUUUGAUUGAUCAAGUGGAAAAAGAAGAACUUAUCAGCCAUGAUAUCAAAUGCAGAAAUUUAUUGGAUCAAGCGAAAAAUUUUCACUUGCUGCCAGAAAGGGCCCCAAAAAAGAUCAGUGUGGUACACCCUAGGAGAUCCCUUAUGGGUGCUUUAUAUAGUGUUUGCGGGAUGGACUCGACAGGGCAUUCUGUCAAGAUAGUUGAACAGUAUGAUUUUCAUGGUGGGAAAGUUAAGGUGAUUAGCCCAACUCAUGUCGCCAGAAGUGGUGUGGGAAUAGGUGUGUUGGAUAACAAGUUGUACGCUGUUGGUGGCCACGAUGGAACAAACUAUCUUAAUAGUGUUGAGAGCUAUUGCAUGGUCACCAAACAAUGGCGCUUUGUCGCCCCAAUGUGUAACCCGCGGCGAUACGUUGCUGUAGGUGUCCUUGGUGGCCUUCUUUAUGCUGUGGGGGGAUAUGAUGGAACAACAGUUUUGGACUCUGUUGAAGUGUAUGACCCUAAGAGCGACCAGUGGAAGUUUGUAUCAAGCAUGAAGAACAAGCGACGUCAUGUUGCAGUGGGCGUGUUGAACCAGUUGGAUCUAUGCCUGGGUGGUUUAUCAACACAUCCUGGAUAUUUGUAUGCCGUGGGUGGCCAUGAUGGGGUGAACUACCUAAAGACUGUUGAGCGGUAUGACCCUGAAACCAAUGAGUGGUCCUAUGUGGCAUCCAUGGGUGCACGGCGAGGGGGUGUGGGCGUGGCCACCCUGCAUGGAUGCCUGUAUGCAACAGGGGGAUAUGAUGGCACUUCAAACCUCAGCACCUCAGAGCGGUACUACCCGAGUGACGACCGCUGGGCAUUUGUCGCCCCCAUGAGCGUUUGCCGCAGCGGACAUGGGGUGGGUGUGGCAGGGGGCCGGCUGUAUGCCCUUGGGGGGCAUGAUGGUGUAUCAUACCGUAACACUGUGGAGUACUUUGAUCCCAAAGUUGGUGAGUGGAGGAUGGUUGGCUCCAUGGGAAUGUGCAAGGCCGUCGCAGGGGUUGCCGUCAUUAAGGGUCGUCAUUGACAUAUUGCUGUCGUCAUUGACAUAUUGGGGUCGUCAUUGACAUAUACGCAAAGCGGAGAUGUAAAGCAUCAAGUCCCUACCAGUAUAAUCAUGCCCUCCUAUAGGGCUGUUGCAGCGAGUAUAAAGUUUUUUUGGCCUCCUGGAUUUAUUUAUUUAUUCAAUUUCACCAGUUAGACUUGUGCGGAAGGUACAACAGAGCUAGGCUCCAAAUCAAGUACCUCCUUGAGUGUAUUGUUAGUAAACAUUGUAAGCACAGUCACUGGGGAUGGUCACUGCCAGAGGGUUUAUUGCAUCCCCAGUGGUUCUUUUAUGUCUCUUCGGUUCAGGUUGGUGUAUUAGCGUGGAAAAUUAUUUAUCAAAUUAUUUAUUUAUUAAUAUUCUUUAUUAGAUACUUAUUGUAUUUCUAUUAUUAAUUAUUAAUAAAUAUAAAUUAUUAUUUUUUUCCAAAUAAUUCUUUGUUACUUUCUGUAAAAGAAAAGAGGAAAAAUCCUUACUACUUGUUAUGUCA